UACAGUCCACACACAUACAAUAUUUUAGGGCAAAUCCUUUCAACCUCCCCAAUCGCCUCCGUCUCUAUUCUCGUUCUCAACUCGGCCGUCUCUCUGUCUCUGCAACUGCAAAGUACAAAAUCUACAAGAAUCAGAACCCAUAUCGGCAUAUCAGAUAUGAUUUUGAAUAACGACGACGAUGAUGAUUUUGAAUCACCCACAAUGGGUCCGGACCCACAAAUUCCAGAUCCACCGCAAACCCUCAAGCGUCUCCGGCGAGGUCGCACCACCGAAUCCACAUCGGCCACCCAGAAGCGGGAGUUGUGGCGUAGUGUCGAUGAAGAGAUUGAAGAGUUCUCUUCGCAGGAGGAUAAGCGUGAAGAAUGCUAACAACCAGUCCUCUCCCAUUGCUUCACAUCAAGUCUCACCUUCUGAAGAUUUGGUCGGCAAGUGUUGUGAGCUAUUGCAUUUUCAUGGGACAAAAUCAGUUGUUGCCAAGGGUGAGAUUGAUUCAAUGGAUCCAGAUUCUCUCAUACGUUCUGCUCCACUUGGUUCCGACUAUUGGAGAGUAUGGAUCACUGACCUCAUUGAUCACAGUGUGCCCUUAUAUAGGCCUGAAAUUCGUGGCUUUGAUUUGAAAGACGCAUAUGUUAGAGGAUUUUCAAUUGCAUGGCCUAUCAAGUACAUCAAAGUUUGUGAAAGCUAGGAUUGCGGGAUAGCGGUUCCCAUUACUUUUUUUGUUGCCAUUAUAUUUUUUGUAUGGCUGAUGAUCAAGAAGUUGCAUAUAUGGAAGAGAGAGACUAAAACAGAGCAAGAAGAUACGAAGAAUUUUUGUUUUAUUUUGGUUAAGUAAAGAGACAAGCUUGUGGAUCAUGUACUUCUUUGAAAUUUGUAAAUAUUUUUGUAUAAAAUCAUGAUUUGGAAUUGGUUAUAUAUAUAUAUAUAUAUAUAUAUAUAUAUAUAU